AUGGUGUGCGAUUCAUGUGUAAAAAAACUUGGUAAGAUAGCGACUAUUGAUCCGUAUCGAACGAAAUCACGCAACGAAAGUGCGGGACCGAUAAAGAAAGGUGCUGACGGAAAUAAACUUCUUUCAACCAGAAAAGACAGGUUCCAGCCAUACAGUCAGGAAUUCAAAAAAUGUCGAAUUUGCAAGACUGUUGUUCAUCAGGUUGGUUCACACUACUGCCAGCAAUGUGCAUAUCAAAAAGCUAUUUGUGCAAUGUGUGGUAGAAAGAUGGCCGAUACUAAGAAACUAAAAAUGUCUUCUGUAUAA